AUGUGGCGGCGCACUUAUCUUCUUCUAGUCCUCAUCAGACUCUAUUUUGCUCUGUCGCCCAGUUAUCUUCACCCUGAUGAGAACUUUCAGGGGCCGGAAGUGAUUGCUGGCCAGAUUUUUAGUUACCCUGUCCGGCAUACAUGGGAAUUCACUAGCGAAACCCCGAUUCGGAGUGUCUUCCCGCUCUGGCCUGUAUAUGGCCUUCCCAUGCUUUUGCUCCGCUGGCUUUGGGUUGGCAACGGGCAAGAUGGCGAGGUCCCCCCUAUUGCCGUCUUCUGGACGUUGAGGUGCCUCAUGUUUCUAUUGAGCUUUGUGCUGGAAGAUUGGGCUAUUCACGAGCAAAUUACCUCAACUCGCCAUCGUCGGAUUGCUGUCCUUCUCGUGGCGUCGUCCUAUGUAACCUGGACUUUUCAAACACAUACAUUCUCCAACUCGAUUGAGACUCUGGCGGUUCUGUGGAGCUUGGUAUUGAUAGAGCGCAUCAUGGAUCCUCAUACGACAAGUAUUAACUCAUCUAGUCCUUUUUCAUUGGCGGCCCUGGUUUUGGCUGCCCUUACAACUGCUUUAACUGCUAUUGCUGUCGACACUGCUUUUUACACUCCGGGCCCUAUUACUUGGUCUGAUCUCAUCACCAACCCGGUCAUCACUCCUAUCAACAACCUGGUGUAUAAUUCUAACCCUGAAAACCUGGCACUUCAUGGGCUACACCCCUGGUACCAACAUAUCCUCGGAAACUUGCCGCAGCUUAUUGGGCCUGCAGCUGCGUUGCUGUUUUUACGACCUCAUGUAUCCCUGAGGCUGUGGUCAGCGGUUUCUGGAAUUAUCGUCCUGUCUUUCAUUAAGCACCAAGAAGCGCGGUUUCUCCUUCCGAGUGUGCCACUCAUCCUGUCAUCUUUACAGUUGCCGAAGAAUAAGGCUCUUCUUCGCACGUGGACUGCGAUCUGGGUGAUAUUCAAUCUGUUCUUUGGUGUGCUUAUGGGAACAUAUCACCAGGGUGGUAUUGUCCCUGGGCAAGUGUUUAUGAGCAAACAGCCUGACGCCACAAACGCCAUAUGGUGGAAGACAUAUCCUCCCCCGAUCUGGCUUCUCAACGGCAAAAAUGAAGUUUUGACCACCAAGGAUGUCAUGGGAAUUAAGGGCGAGGAACUGUUGAAACAGUUGGCCGAGUUGGCCACUUGCGAUACCCCUGCAGACCGGCGCAAUACGGAGUAUUUGAAGGAAAAGAACGGAACUUAUUUACUCGCGCCUGCAUCAGCCACCUGGUUAGAUCCAUAUCUUCCAAACAAGGGGCUAGAAGGGCUACGGUUCCGGGAAGUGUGGCGAUACAGGAACCAUCUAAACUUGGAUGAUUUAGAUUUUGGAGAUGACGGAGUCUGGAAUACUCUCUCUAGAGUCAUUGGUCGCCGAGGUCUUGUUGCCUGGCGAGUAACUAAAAGCUGUGGGUUAUAG